UCCGCAUUAAUGCAUACUCUACAAUAUUUAUUUCGGACAGCCAUGUGCAAAAUUUUUCCAGUUUCUGCACCACAAAUUGUGCCAACACCUGACAAAAGGUUUGUUCUUUCCAGCUGAACUAGUGCUGCACUGGUUCAGAACUGGAACUGGCGAGUACAGCAAAAGUUCAUAGGUGCAGACAUGCCAGAUAGGCAUGGAAAGAACGCCUUAGUGCACAAUAGUAGAGGAAAAUAACAUGGCGCAAAACGUAAUGUUAGACGAGAAUUAUUCUUCAGAUGAAGAAUUAAUUAUACCUGCGUUAAUGUUGCCACCAUUGCACGCAGAACCUAUCUGGGAUGAAGAGGAUGAUGAUGAUGAGUUACGAGUAUUACACCCAGUUUUUGGAAGGAUUCAAAGAAUCCAACAUAUCAAAAUCCAGAAUUACGUGGAGAAUAUUGUGACAAAUUAUACAGACAUCGAUUUUAUUAUAGGUUUGUUCGUUGUCACUGCACUAGUUCUGAACUAGUUCUACACUUGCACUGAACUGAACUGAACGGAACUGAACUAAACUGAACUAUUUCACAUCAGUGCAAACGCGCACUGAAAGAUAAACGAACGCGAUAGUGCAGUAAACAACAUUUGGUGUAAUGGCGUAGCGACACUCAACGAAUAGUCCGCUUAGCCAAACAUUGAAGCGAAGUGAAGUGAAGUGAAGUAAACAAUAUGGCACAUUAUAUUGCUCUUCUUGAUUCUUCAGAUGAAGAUGAAUUUUUUGAUAUAGCACCACCAUUAAUUCGUCCAAUUGAUAUGGAUGAAGACAAUGAAAACCAAAAUGUAUUACAAAUGUUGCACCCAGUUUUGGGAAUUAUACAAAGAAUAGAACAUGUGAGAAUACGAAAUUAUAUAGAACAUAUUGUGCAUAAUUAUAAUAAUGUCGAUUUUAUUAUGCAUUUUCGCUUAUCUAGACAAGUUGCGUACAGUUUGAUGGAACAAUUCGCAGUCUCUGAUAUAUUUAUCUCCAUAGACAAUCCAAGAGGACACCCAAAAAUAACAGCUGAGAAACAUAUAUUAUGUUACUUAUGGUUCGUAGGCCAUGAAAGUGCCUCAUAUAGAGACGUAGCAGAUCGAUUUGGCGUAACAAUAAGUAGUCUGUACCAAAUUAUUAGUAGAGUGACAGCUUUCAUUUUAUCUCUUGCACCUCGCAUCAUUAAAUAUCCCAGCUUAGUUGAGAAGCAAGAAAUUGCUGCAUUUUACGAAGAAGAGAAAGGAUUUCCUGGUAUAAUUGGUGCUAUUGAUGGGACCCACAUUAGAAUAAACAAGCCAAUAGAAGAUCCUGAUUCAUACAUAAAUCGUAAACAAUAUUUUUCUUUACACAUCCAGGGAACAGUAAACCAUAAAAUGAAAUUUAUGGAUGUGUUUAUUGGAUAUCCUGGUUCCGUACACGAUGCAAGAGUAUUCCGUAAUUCACCUAUAUACAACGAUCUACGUGAACUGUGUGGAGAUACUUAUUAUAUCUUGGGCGAUAGUGCAUAUCCUUGCCUUAAACAAUUACUUGUGCCAUAUAAAGACAACGGACAUAUGACGCGUGCACAAAGACUUUUUAAUAUUAAAUUAAGUUCUUGUAGAGUUGUUGUGGAGAACACAUUUGGAUGUCUGAAGCAACGAUUUAGACAACUGUACCAUUUCAAAUUAAGAGAUAUAAUACGAAUGGUUCAAGUAAUACAUGCGUGCUGUGUGCUGCAUAAUAUGGCAAAUAUUGAAGAAUUAGAAAUGUUUGAAGCACCUUUAGAUGACGAGUACCCCGAUAACGAAGCACAAAACCCACAUAUUGAAAUAAAUGAUAUACCAAGGGAACCCGACAAUGGAAUACAUAUCCGCGACGAAAUAUGUCGAAUACUUUUUACAUAGAGUUUGUUUUCUAUUCCUGCACUGCUGAAAUGGUGCGAUAAGUUCGAGUGACACAAUUAUAUUUUUUCUCGCUCUAACUUCUUGCACCAGUUCAGCAGUGCAGGAACGAAAAUCAAACCUAUAAUUUGUAUAUUUAAACAUUUUAAUCGAAAUAAACGAUAUUACACAUUUUA